AUGUCCAACUCGACCGAGCAGUCCUUCAGAAGCAACCUCGCUCAGUUUCGGUGGGCGCAGGGAAACGGCGACGCUACGCAAGACGCAGCCGGCACUCCACCGGGCAGGUUCUCGCGUUUCUACAAUGCAAUCGGCGGCGGGUACAUCCCGCUGCGCUCGACCGAGCGGACGAACGACGAGGAGGCAUACUUUGCGUUGUCGAGAUGGGAGAGAUUGCUGGGAUUCGGAGGAUGUUUGCUCGGUGCAGCAGUGUGCUUCUUCGUCGCCUUCUUCACACUGCCACUGCUCGCAUUGCGGCCAGCCAAGUUCGCCUUAGCCUUCAGCCUCGGGAGCUUGCUGGUGAUGUUUGGCUUCUCGGUUCUCAUAGGGCCAAUAAACCACUUAAAGCACCUCGUGUCCAAAGAGCGACUGCCAUUCUCCAUCGCCUAUAUCUCAAGUCUAGCGAUCACGCUGUACUUCUCGCUAGGGGCGCAUUCAUACGUCGGCUCCCUCAUAGGUGCCAUCAUCCAAGUUGUCGCCCUUGUCUCCUAUGUCCUCGCUUAUUUCCCCGGAGGAGUCACGACUCUUCGCUUCGGCGGCCAGAUGGCCCUCCGCGGCGCCGGAAGCCUACUGCCCGUCUAG